ACGGCUCCCAGGAAAGCUGAUACCUUAGCAAUAAUUCAAUAAAUCGAGUAGAUUCAAACGGAUAUCCCUCAAAAAACAUCCUCCGUUGGCGUUAUUGUAAUUACCUGAAGUUAAGACGGAAUGAGGCUCCUCUGACGACUGUGCGCUUUAUUGGUUAAGUCAUGUCUUUCCAUCAUGACCGUGGAGGUCCCAGAGGAGGGAUGCCUCCAGGCCAGCACAGCUCCCCUCAGAACUACCGCCCCACCAACCUGAGGCCGCCUGCUCCCCAGCCUCCUGUCCCUCCGUACCACUAUGACCCUCAAACUCCCCCUGCUUCCAGCUACCAUGGCAACACUGGCUACAUGCCCCCUCACUCUGACUUCAUGCAGUACCCUCCACCAGUUCCCUCCCAGCCUCCCAGUUCUCUCAACCAAUGCCCUGUACGUCCACCUUUCCCCAAGCCCCCUGUUCGUCAGGGCUUCCCUGAACCCCCACCAAACUUCCCACCCCCUCCCCUGCCCAGCUCCACUGGUGGAUCCACUCCAGGAUCCCAGGUGUCUGCUCAAAAUGCCUACCACACCUACAUGAUGCCUCCAGUGCCACCACCGCCAUUACCACACCCACCCAUGCCUCCGCCGAUAGCGUCCCAGUCUAUGGGCUACCACCCUCCUUACUCCAUGAACUACCCUCAUCCUCCUCAUCCUCCUUUCCCUCCUCCACCCUUCAACCCUGGCUACACUCAGAGCCCUAACACGUUCAAACCAGAGCACAGCUUCAGGCAGGGCGGCCAGUACAAGUAUGAGAAAACAAUGGACAACCGCAGGUCUCCAGAGAGAGGCUACCGCCAUGAUGACCAUCGACAGAAGGGCUAUGGGUAUGGCAGUCAUGGGGAGAAGCAUAAAAUGGAGUUCCCUGGUGAGAGGAAGGACCGUGGGAGGAGUCCAGACAGGCGGGGCAGACCGGAGAGUGGACGCUACAGGUCUGAGUAUGACAGAGGGAGGACUUCACCCAGACACAGGAGCAGGGAUAGGAGCAGGGAGCGGUAUCGUCACAGAGAAAGCCGGAGAUCUCAGUCACCGGACAGGCACAGAAAGAGACCUCGAAGCCGAUCAUCGAGCAGAGACAGGAAGCGUGGACGCUAUGAGGAGGAGCGGGACAGAAGGUCAGAGAGCUCCUCCGGCCUGAGCAGAGAGCGCAGCUACACCUCCAUGAGGAGCAGAGACUCCGAUGAGGCCCCGGCUGACAGAGAGCGUGAGAGAGAAAGGGAAAGGGAGCGGGACCGAGACAGAGAAAGGGAGAGGGAGAAAGAGAAGACAGAGGAGGAGAAAGAAGAGGAGGAGCUCCUGAAACCUGCGUGGAUCCGCUGCACACAUGCAGAGAAUUACUACUCCAAUGACCCCAUGGACCAAGUGGGAGACUCAACUGUGGUUGGGACCAGUAAGCUGCGUGAUCUGUAUGAACGCUUUGAGGAAGAGCUGGGAAAGAGGCAGGAGAAAGCGAAGGAUGCUCGACCAAAAUGGGACCCUCCUAAGACCAAACUGGACGAGGACCCAGAUGACAGCAGCAGUGAGUCAGACUGUGAGUCAGACGGUGAAGGAAGCACCUGCUCCAGCAGCUCUGACUCAGAGGUAUUUGAUGUCAUCGCCGAGAUCAAGAGGAAGAAAGCUCACCCCGACCGGCUGCACGAGGAGCUGUGGUACAACGACCCAGGGCAGAUGAAUGAUGGUCCCUUGUGUAAGUGCAGUGCCAAGGCCAGACGUACGGGGAUCCGCCACAGCAUCUACCCGGGGGAGGAGUCUGUAAAACAGUGCCGUCCAAUGAACAACAACGCUGGAAAACUGUUUCACUACAGGAUCACCGUGUCCCCACCUACCAACUUCCUGACUGACAGGCCGACAGUGAUCGAGUAUGAUGACCACGAGUAUCUCUUUGAAGGCUUCUCUCUUUUCUCUCACAAACCUCUCACUAAUAUCCCAUUGUGCCGUGUGAUCCGCUUCAACAUAGAUUACACCAUCCACUUCAUAGAGGAGAUGACACCGGAGAACUACUGUGUCCGCGGACUUGAGCUGUUUGCUUCCUACUUGUUCAAGGACAUUUUGGAGCUGUACGACUGGAACCUGACAGGUCCUGAAGGUGACAAUGAGUCCUCUGGAUGCCAGCAGUUCCAUUUUAUGCCCCGUUUUGUCCGAUUCCUACCAGAUGGAGGGAAGGAGGUGCUGUCCAUGCAUCAGGUGCUGCUGUACCUCCUGCGUAGCAGCAAGCCGCUGGUCCCUGAGGAGGAGAUUGCAGACAUGCUGCAGUGGGAGGAGCUGGAGUGGCAGAAAUACGCGGAGGAGUGCAAGGGCAUGAUCGUCACCAACCCAGGCAUGAAACCAAGCUCAGUGCGGAUCGACCAGCUGGACAGGGAGCAGUUCAACCCAGAUGUCAUCACCUUCCCUAUCAUUGUUCAUUUUGGGAUCCGACCUGCUCAGCUCAGCUAUGCCGGAGACCCUCAGUACCAGAAGCUGUGGAAGAGCUACGUCAAACUACGCCACCUGCUGGCCAACAGUCCCAAGGUCAAGCAGAUUGACAAGCAGAAGCUGACGCAGAGAGAGGAAGCUCUUCAGAAGAUCCGUCAGAAGAACACCAUGCGCCGCGAGGUGACAGUGGAGCUGAGCAGUCAGGGCUUCUGGAAGACCGGCAUCCGCUCCGACGUCUGUCAGCAUGCCAUGAUGCUGCCAGUCCUCACUCAUCAUAUCCGGUACCACAUGUGUCUGAAGCACCUGGACAAGCUCAUUGGCUAUGUCUUCACGGAGCGCUGCCUCCUUCAGCUUGCCAUGACUCACCCAAGUCACCACCUGAACUUCGGCAUGAACCCUGAUCACGCCCGCAACUCUCUUUCCAACUGCGGCAUCCGUCAGCCCAAGUACGGAGACAGGAAAGUCCACCACAUGUACAUGAGGAAGAAAGGAAUCAACACAUUGAUUAACAUCAUGUCUCGUCUGGGGCAGGAUGACCCUUCCCCCUCCAGGAUCAAUCACAAUGAGCGACUGGAGUUCCUGGGUGAUGCUGUUGUCGAGUUUCUCACCAGCGUCCACCUGUACUACCUUUUCCCAAAUUUAGAGGAGGGCGGCCUGGCCACCUACAGAACAGCCAUCGUGCAGAACCAACACUUAGCCAUGCUAGCCAAGAAGCUGGAGUUAGAUCGCUUCAUGCUCUACGCACACGGACCAGAUCUGUGCCGGGAGUCGGACCUGCGACACGCCAUGGCCAACUGCUUUGAGGCUCUUAUCGGUGCUGUGUAUUUGGAAGGAGGCUUGGAGGAGGCCCGGCAGCUCUUCGGUCGACUGCUUUUCAACGGCGAGGACAUGCGGGAGGUCUGGCUCAACUUCCCACCACACCCCCUGCAGGUCCAGGAGCCUCAGACUGACAGGCAGCUGAUUGAGACGUCUCCGGUUCUUCAAAAACUGACCAGCUUUGAGGAGUCCAUCGGAGUUCUGUUCACUCAUGUGCGUCUCCUGGCCCGGGCCUUCACCUUGAGGACUGUCGGCUUCAACCACCUCACCCUGGGUCACAACCAGAGGAUGGAGUUCCUGGGAGACUCGAUCAUGCAGCUGGUAGCCACGGAGUACCUCUUCAUCCACUUCCCUGACCACCAUGAAGGACAUUUAACAUUACUCCGCAGUUCACUGGUAAACAACCGCACCCAGGCCAAAGUGGCGGAGGAGCUGGGCAUGCAGGAGUUCGCCAUCACCAACGACAAAACCAAACGACCUGUCGCCCUACGGACCAAGACUCUGGCUGACUUGUUAGAGUCUUUCAUCGCAGCCCUCUACAUUGAUAAAGACCUGGAGUACGUGCACACCUUCAUGAAUGUCUGCUUCUUCCCUCGGCUGAAGGAGUUUAUUCUGAACCAGGACUGGAACGACCCCAAGUCUCAGCUGCAGCAGUGCUGUUUGACCCUGAGAACUGAGGGCAAGGAGCCUGAUAUACCCUUGUACAAGACCCUGCAGACAGUUGGGCCCUCGCAUGCCCGCACCUACACCGUUGCCGUGUAUUUCAAAGGGGAGCGAAUCGGCUGUGGCAAAGGCCCAAGUAUCCAACAGGCGGAAAUGGGAGCUGCGAUGGAUGCGCUUGAAAAAUAUAACUUCCCACAGAUGGCUCAUCAGAAGCGCUUCAUCGAGCGGAAAUACAGACAGGAGCUGAAGGAGAUGAGACGCGAGCGAGAGCGGCAGGAGAAGGAGACUGACGAGACGGACGAAUGCAGGAAGUGACAGCACCUCUGUUUUGCCAAUCAGGACUCUGCUUCUACAUCAUCAAGAUACUCCGUCUGCAAAUGAGAAAGCUGUCCAGGCAGGAGUUGGAUGAAUAGUGAUGCUACUGGUUGAUCUAGUCAUUAUGUUCCAUGUGGUCUGUUGCACCAACUUUGCACAAGUUCUGCCUUAAAUUGAGGUAUGAAGAACCCCACGUUUAUUCUAGUUAGGUUUAGUGGAAUAUAGGUCCCACAAAAAAACAAAAUGUCCCAGAAAUGAUGGUUCUACUUCCUGUAGCCAAUCAGUGAAAGCAUUUUUAAUGCAGUGUUUGUUUUGCUGCUGCCUCUCAUGUCUAAUUGUCUCUGAAGAGGCAAGCAGCUUAGAGUAAAAUCUAUAAACUGCAGUUAAUCCUCAAACAGCAAAAAUAUGGAAAGCCAUUGUGAUUAGGUGACAAAUAAAGCCUGCACCCUUAAUCUACAGCCAGUUUAAGUAUGGCAUUAAAGUGGUGAAAUUGUCAAUACCAAGAGGUGCUUUAAGGGUAUGCUGUUGUAAAAGACUGAUGCUAGGGUGCUAGUCUCAGGACAGUCAUCAUACAUUUGUUGAUUCCUUAAUCAUGUAGAACGCACUGAUGAUACCAAAUACCUCUGCUUUUCGUCAUUCUCUGAAUUAUCCUGACUUUUUAACAGUCACAAUUACAGACAUAUUUCAUGGAUUGCUUUACUCCUACUAGUCGGUCGGUGUAGGAUUAAAAGAGUUUCAUUCAAACCUUAAUUUCCACAGGAUCCAGUGUCCUGUGCAGAAUUUUACCUGUGCAGCAAAUCACAGCCUUGUACUUUUCAGUCAGUGUUUGUAUUUCCACAGCAUGCACUGUGAUCAGUCUCCUGCACGUGCUAGAACCACCACUACACUCUGCUCCACUGGAGAUACAAACAGUCUGCACUGCCAGCAGGCUCAAGCUGAACAGAUCAGAUCGACUCAACGUUUGGGGAAUUUCAAAAUAAAACCCCAGGUACAGACUGCAGAUGGUUUAUACUAAAACAGGAAGCAAUUUAUCAGCAAAUCAACCUCAUAAAGGCGAAAUAGCAUGCUGUUUGUAUGUUGUUUUCUUUUUUCCUAUCUGAACUUGUGGACUUAUGACCCAGAUGCUCUGGGUUGUGCUGCACUCUGCUUCAGAAACGGACCAAGAAAGGUGCAAACUGUCUGAUGGAACAAAACGGUGGCACUGACAGAACCCUGUACACAGAACCCUGUGGAAAUUGGGGGUUUGUGUAAGUAAGAACUACCCCAGGUAGUGCAAACCCUCUAAAGUUAGCAUAAUAUAAUCUUCAUUGUUAGUUUCCCCUAAUUUUCAUAUACUCCACGUCCUCAGAAUUCUGCACACGUUGCAGUUUUUCUCGGACUGAUGGCGCAUGCUCUCACCCACUGGGUCCAUUUUUAUAGGAGUGAAGAGUGAGGCCCUUAGCAACUGGAGACAAGACAUCCCAAGAACAACAAGUUCACAUGGAAAUUUCAAAAUUGUAAACAUGUAAACAAAUGUCUUUGCAGUUUUGAGGUUGGUUUGCUUUUCAUUUUGAUAUUAUUCCUUGAUUUACUUCUUCCAUGGGUAAUCCUUGGCUCUCCACCUCUAAGAAUACCUCCUCUCACCCAUGGCGUCAGAUGACCUCUGUGACCCUCUGACCAACUGAUGACCUGAGGCUUUUGUCACUGGUUGUGCCAUAAAAUUGAUAAAGUGGUGAGAUUUGCAAGUAGGAGUCCAUGCAUCAUGUUAUAUUUUGAAAUUGACUGGAUGGUUUUUGCAUGCUUAUUCCUGUUUGGGUCGAUCUUCUUUAUGAUGACAGCGUGCUCCAAUGAAAACGGACUUGGACUGUAUCUCAAACAGAGCAAAGAAUAGUGGUGCUUCUGGUACAAGCCAUAGGCAAAUCAAGGCAUGUGCUGCAGCAACGGAGAGAUUGACUGAAAGGAAGUCAUUGCAAAAAGACUAUGGUGGCAAAUUGGUGCAUCUUAAAAAAAAGGAAAAAAAUAAAGAGUAUCUGGUAUUUUCUGGGCUGUAUGGCAGCACAGGGGUGAGCGCAGUUGCUUCACAGAAAGAAGGUUCCUGGUUCGCUUCCUGGUCAGAGCAUUUCUGUGCCGAGUUUGCAUGUUCUCCUUGUGUAUGCAUGGGUUCUCUACAGGUACUCUAACUUCCUCCCACCAAAGACAUGCUCAUUAGGUUAAAUGGGGACUCUAAAUUGCUCGUAGGUGUGAUUCUAAGAAUGCCUGGUUGUUUGUCUCUAUAUGUCAGCCCUGUGAUUGACUUGCAACCAGUCCAGGGUACCCGCCUCCUGCCCAAUGACAGCUGGGUUAGACUCCAGCCCCCUGGAAUCUGAAAUGGUACAAGCACUGUAGAAACGGGAUGGAUAGAUGACAGUUUUUCAAUUUUCAAAGUUCAAAAAUAAAUCUGAAAUGAAAAAAUUACAUCAAUUUUUUUAGAGUUUUUUAAGAUUAUAAAGUGGCAAACAGCCAGACAGCCAAGAACUUGUGCUACGUUUGAACUCAUGCAUAGCUGGUGCAACCUGUUCCCAAGGUCCAUUUUAACAUUUCUGAGAUUAGAAUUAGUUUGUUUUACUCUUGGAACAAAAGUGUAGAGCAACUUUACUAUUUUUUCAAAGAUGUUAUGAGUAAAAGUGGGACAGAAGGAAACUAGAGUAAGAAGAAAAGUAUCAUGCUGUGAUUUUUAAUGCUGUUUAGUACUGUAACACUGUCAAAGUUGGCCUUAUGUCGUCUUGUUUGUUUGUUUGUUGCGAGUCUUUAAAUACUGACAUAAUGUUGGAAUCCAAAACAACAGAAAGAUAAGUGCACUGUUAGUGGCACAUGCCAGAAUAAACAUGUUUUUUUAAUGGGUUAUGAGAUAAUAAAUAAACCAA